UGAGGUUUUGGUAUGUUACAAAAAUUUUAUGGAAAAAAAAGGCUUUUUUUGUUCUCAACAAAAAGAACAAACUGUGGUGCCUUUUGGAGAAGAUAUUAAAAGGUAUGGGUUAAGGCUUCAGCUAUAUUGAAAGGGGAGAUUACAGUUGGCUAUCAGAAUUACUUUAUUAAUCCCUUGUGGGAAAUUCUUUUACGGUGCAACAGCUUACAGAAGAUGGAAGCAUAACAUUGUAAGUACAAUAGAGCAAAAUAAAAUAUAAGAAUGUAUGAAGUAACUAAAUUUAAAAGCCACUCAAUAAAAUUACACCCUUCAAAUAUAAACAGUGUAAAAUAAGAAUAAGAUAUGGAUCUCAUUAUAUACAAUCAACAGUAUUAACAAUGGUGCUUAGUACCAUCAGUUUGGACACUUGUUCCACAGCAGCAGUGCAUCAGAGGCAUGCUCUCAUUAGAUCAGGUUAAUUCAAAUUGUGAAGAUUAACUGAAUUGCAUGUUUUGAUUUGUGAGGGAGAUUUUAGGAUAUUUUUCUCAUUUUAAAAUACAGGCUUUAGAAAAACCUAUAUGAAAGGACGUUUUUCAAAAUACUCAGUUUACAUAUCCUAAUCCAUAUAGCAUAAGGACAGCUCUGGGGUCCCAGCCACUCGCUCACUAUCAUUGUGUUACAUGAACCAGGGCCCAUACAGUGUUUCUUCACAUGUUCGCGGAUAUAUACUAAUUCGACACAUUGACGUUCUAAAAUGGUGAAUUUAAACAGUUCUUUACAUUUGUGUAACUUUUGUUUAUUGUAGUCUUGUUCUUUUCCAAAAAAGCCGCAGUCAAAAUUUGACGGCGUGUCCGUUCCACAAUGACAGCUGACAGAAGUCCAAGGAUUAAACAAAAACAGGCAGACCCGCUGUUCUAAAAUAUGUCUACGAGCACCAUCUACUAACAACAUAUAGGAUGACAUUGCGAAUUAAUUUGAUUGCAAUGCACUAAAUAUUACUAAAUAAAUUAUUGGAUUUUAGAUGUUAUUUUAUAUUUUUUAAGAGAUUUAUUUUACCAGAAGUGGAACUGUAUAGUUUGGAUAAGCGAUCGGGGACGGAUUUAAUGAACGUACCCAUCUGGGUCAUCGAAUUAUGGGUCAAUAAUAAUGCUUAUUUUAUUUUGUGUGCGUGUUAAUUUGCUUAAUUCAAGAUAUUUCAACCGUGCAACACAGCAUCCAGUUAAAUGAUUUUACAUUAUGUGGAGGACAAUGUGUCCCAAACCUCCGUGGUUUUUGUCUUCGAUUUCCGGUCGCAGUGGUUCGGAAAGUGUACUACGGCAAAGCUCUAUGAAAGGCAAGGUAAGAAAAACAUGUAAAAGCAAGAAACUCCCAUGUCCGUCAGUUCUCAACCAUUUUGACCAACAGUACAGCGAGGAGCUGGGGGACUUGUGGGCACCUGCAAGGGCAGUGCUGCUGGACCCUCCAUCAUGGCAGUAUGGGGUCAUGUUAAACCGCUUCAGCUCUGUGGCAGACAUCACACAGCUUCUUCUAGCUCAGGGGUUUUCAUUGUUGCUGCCACAAACAGAUGUCUCGAAGCUGCCUUAUAAUAAUGCCUCCUCUGUGUCUAAUUCUACACAUCAGAAAGGAAAAGGCACUCUGUCACAUCUCUAUUUCUCAAAGUGCCCUCCUGAGGACUUAAGUCUCCAACCCUUCAUUACCUACCAUGCAUCCAGUCAGCCCCAUCAGUCAGAGCUUCCUCUCAAUUUUCCUCAAUCCUCAUUACAAUGUUACAUCCACCUACACCCCCUGCGAUUUCCCUCCCAGCCUCACCGGCCUGGCCAGCUGAAGCAGUACUACCUCCUGAAUGCUGCCUCCCUUCUUCCAGUUCUAGCUUUGCAAGUGAGAGAUGGGGAUAAAGUUUUGGAUUUGUGCUCUGCUCCUGGGGGCAAAGCCGUUGCCAUAAUGCAAAGUGCAACUCCAGAUCUUCUCUGCUGUAAUGAGCCAGACCCUCACAGACGGGAAUGGCUGGCUAAAACCCUGGAGUCCUUUCUGCCUGCCUCCCUGAGCAGCAGAGUGAUGGUGUCUGCACAGGAUGGCCGGUCCGUUGGGCAAAGUGAAAGCGGCUUUUAUGACAAGGUUUUAGUUGAUGCUCCAUGUUCUAAUGACAGGAGCUGGCUGUAUUCUAGUGACAGACACCGGGGGCAACAGAGACUGGAACACAGAAGCAGGCUGCCUUUGCUACAGGCUCAGCUUCUAAGGUCUGCCAUAUCUGCAGUGCGUCCAGGGGGUGUUGUCGUCUACUCAACCUGUACACUGUCAAGCUUGGAGAACAGUGCUGUAGUGGAGACGGUGCUGAAUGACUUUCCUGAUGCUGAAGUUGAAAAUCUGUGGGAGGAGAUUGCUUUGCCCCUGUCAAAAUACUUUGCUUUUAUUUCACUCCCUGGUCAUGCAGGAAUCGAUCCCCAGCCAUUCCUUUGCCCACAGAAUGUCAGUGCAUCCUGCUCUCAUCAUAGGCUCGGCAUUCUGGUCGUUCCACAGCCUGGCAAGGCGUGGGGGCCGAUGUUUCUGUCUCGAAUUAGAAAAAAGGGAUAGAGCUAAACCUCCAGAGACACAAGGACAUGCCAAAUCUCACCGCUCUAAGUCAGACACUGUAGGAGUGUCUGACUUAGUGUUCCAGCACUUAUUUCAGGAUAAACUGUACAAAGUAGUUUAGAUGUAAACACGAAGGCAAAACUCCAAGUGUCAGAGCUGCUGUGUCCAAGUUAAGGUUAACGAGUACUAUGAGUGGGCUGGGUGAGUUGUUAUAUUUCACCAACCAAUAAAACCAAACAUUCCUCAUAUUGUCACCUCUACCAAUCCUCAUCAAGGACAGAUUGUUUGCUAAAUGCAUGUAAUCAGUGUUUGAGACGAAAAUGCAGCAGUUUACAAUGUAACAGCAAAGAAGCUGCCUGUUCAGAUAAAGCAGCAGCAGCUUCUUACUGAGGUUAUUAGGAUGGUUUUAUUUAAGGAAUGUUACAGCUCACUCGGUUUUCAUCCGGUCUGAACAUGGACCAGAAUGACUGUUUUUGUCUGGAUCAAAAGGAUUUAUGUGAAGCAUUAGGUAUCCCCAGAAGCUGGAAAACACCUUUAAAGCAGGUACAAAGAAGAGGGAUUUAUUCAUAAACUCUGCAGUUGAAGCAUCAUGCUGCUCUAUAGUAGACAGAAAUAGCAGCACUUGGAUAACAAGCUCUUAUUCCUACCUUUAAAGUGGAUAGCAGGAUGUCCUCACUUGUUUUCCUUUGGAGUUCAAACUUUGAAAGUUGUGUUGCUGAAAACUCUUCUUCCUCAUUUCCCAAUCAGCUGUCUUCUUUUUUUGUUAGAUAUUAUUAAGAAUUUAUUUAAGCUGGAAACUUGAACUAUUAGAAAACACAUACCAAUAAUUAAUAACUUAUCUAAUGGAAAAGAUAAACACAGAUGGAUUGUCUGCAUUCAAAUCGAUUCACAAAUCAAGGAAACUACUAUUUUGGCAGUUGUUUUGAUAUGUAAAAGCAAAAAACAGAGUAAUGAUGUAAAAUUAUUUUAUUUUACAGGCAUAAAUUGUGCUUUUGUAAAACUUCUGUUAGCAAAUGUGAAUAUUUUUCUUAUUUCUAGUACAUCUGAACCCUCCAGAACAACUAAUAUAGUUGAUGAGAAAACAUGGAAUCCAUAAUUAUAGGAAUAUAAAUAACCCUUGACUGCUGCUUGAAAGCACCUCCUGAAGCACCCCACACAGGGCACCAUGAGAAACACCGUCAAAUGCCUUCUCCAGGUCCACAAAACACAUGUGGACCAGUCAGGAACGCCCAAGAACCCUGCAGAGAGUGUUGAGCUGUUCCAAAGCCAGGAUAGAAACCACACUGCUUCUCCUGAAGCAUCAACCAGACUCUCCUCUCCAGCAUCCUGGAUAGGCCUUACUGGGGAGGCGGAUUUGGAACAGAUCCGCCUUCUGACAAUCCAGGGGUACUGUCCCUGACCUCCACAUAAGAGGUGUUUCGGAAGACGGUUGAUAAAUUUUUAUGUAUCCUUGAAGAUGUAUUUAUAGGAAAAACAGAAAUGUCACAAAGAGCCCCUGAUAAUCAUGAUUCAUGAAUAACACAAGUUUUUUGUUUUGUUGCUCAGUAAUAUUACAUCUACCAGGUCUGUUACUAAACCACUCCUCCUUUUGGUGAGGCUGAGAGACGAUCGCAUCACCUCUUGUGGGUUAUUAAGAGGAUGGACUGCACUUGAGCCCUGCUUGAGCAAAAAAAUAGACACAGUUCUAUCAUAUUGCUGCAGCCCUUUAUUAUUCUGGAAUGCUUGUGGGACGAGAAAUGUUUGGGGUUUAUAAUAAAAUCUCCAUAAGGGUAAAGUCAUUAAAAAGAUCGAUGAAACAGGAAAUCUAGAAGAGCUACCCAAUAGCUUCAUCCAACGGUUCCUUUUGGUCAUAUUGGUUCAAGCAGUCAUUGCUCUACUUAUUUGUAGACUCUUCUACUUUUUCUUUCCAUUCUUUUGUUUCAGACUUUUUGUAUGAUAAUAUGAGAUCACCAUUACACCACAUCUGCAGAAACACAAAUUUAAAGUGGUGAGAUGAUGUGGAGCUUCAUGGGGGUUAACUAUAUUGCUGACCUUUAAGUGAACCCUGGUUUGUUGAUGUUCCCCAUAUUGCCGCGUUUCCUCAAGGGCAGAAUCUCUAAGCAGCUUUUCCUCCACUUCAAAGGGAGCAAAUGUAGGCCUGCUUUGCAUAAUCAGGUGGAGAGCCGCGUUUUGCCAGAGAGGCAGGAAUUAAUUUGUGGCACCACCAGAUGUAAUCAUUAAAACCUUAGUCAUUGACAAUAAAGGGAGAAGAGGAGGGAAAAUUAGAAAAGGAAUUGUAGAACAGUAAAUGGAAUUAGAAAGCAAUGUAGAGCGCGGGAUGGUGCUGAAUGCCAGAGGAAACCAUCACAAAGCAGAAUAAUCUGAGCUCAGCGCGGAGGGUAACAUUCUCUGUUAGGACAUGCUGGCAUGACUUCAAUCCUUACUUUGCUCCUCACAUUUUACUCUGUGUGUUCUAUCAUCCUGGCAGUGCAGAAACAUUUAGAAAAAGGGUUAACAUAUUAACAUAUAACAUAUUAUUUUGUUAACAUGUCAACAAAAAUACAAAAAAAGCCACUUGGUUGUCUGGUUGGUUUCAUGUCACUCACGGCCUGUGAAGACAUUUUAUUAAAUUAAGGAACAAGAGGGUUUUAUCAGAAAAGAAAAGCACCUUACAUGUAGUUCUGUUCAGGACAACAUAAACACUUAAAUGUAUCCUGGACAAUUCUUCAUCUUUUAGCGUUCGUGUUUUGCUUUUAUCAUAAAUUAAGAUGUAGGCCUACUGUACAUUCAUCAGAAACUUUGUGUAAAACACAUUGACAGUCCCUUGGACUUGUUUUCCCCUUCAGAACUACCUUAACUCUCCCUGUUAUCAGUUCAGCAAUGUGUCUAAUACAUUGCUCAGAGAUUUUGGUCCAUAUGGACCCGAUGGCAGUCACUGGAUUAGUCAGCUCCCAUCCAUGAUGCAAAUUUGCCAUUCCACCACAUCCCAAAGGUGAACUAUUGGAUUGAACUGUUCUUCACUACAUCAAGCUGCCUGAAUCUAUUGAGUUGCUGCUGUGUGUGUCUGAUUGUCUGACAUCUGAUGUGCUGUUUGUAAGAAUUUUUAAGGUGAAGUUUUUGACAUUGAAUAUCAUGGACAGCUAACAAGUGAGUUUAUAGAUUUAGUGCCUUUUGGGGUAUCCAUCGCUCAUUUCAAAAGUCAUUUGUCAAUAUUCCAUCAGUGAAAAUGAGAGCAAGACUGUGGCUCUUGAUUGAUUGUUAUGCUACUUUUCUUGAAGGGAAAGAUAAGAUUGAACCCAUGCUGGGGCUAAUAAGACAGUGUUUUUCUCAAUCUGUAAGGAAAAAAAAUUGUGUUAGAAAAAUAAAAUAUCCUAAAUAAUAUUUCCUAUCUACUAACAAUAGUUUUAGAACCUUUUAAAAAACCCAGACAUGAGUGUAUAAUGCCCCUAAAAUACAAUCCAACAAAGGAAAUGGGUUUCAAUCUAAAGGUGCAGCACCAGACAGCUUAAAAUACAUUUUAUCAAGUCAUCAUUACGUGACGCAAUACUUAUGUGUAAUUCAAAUAAUCCUUUUGAUCAGAACCAAUGUUAGGAUUUAAUGCCAAAGAUUUGAUGGAUGAGGAGGAAAUUUCUUUUCUUCUGUUUUAUGGCCUGGAAAUAAAGAACAUCCGAUCCCAUCAAUGUCAGCUCUGACAGAAAACAGCAGAGGAAAGUUAAUAGGACAGACUAGAAAGGGUAGUUGAAACACCUUCAAGAUAAAAGAAAGGAACAGAAUUUUUGCUGCUUUAAUCUGCUGUUUGUCAUGUAUGGAAGGAAAAGAAGGAAUUUUUUUGUCUCUCUUAAGACCCUGAGUAGAAAGGGCGGUGAUCUAGCUUGAUCUCUUUCAUCUGCAGCAAAACACUGGAAGCUCAACUCAAAUGACCAUUGUCAGGUGCUGCAAUAUCAGCAGGAUUCUGGUAUGAGGUUAUUUUAACUAUUGAAUGCAUAAAGAAGAUUGAUCAAAACAAAAGAUUCAAGUUCUGUAAUUAAAUGCAUGGAUGUGUCUAAACAAAAUCAAUAUAAGUUACUCAGAAACUUGUAUUGUCUGACAUUCAUGCAUUUCUUUCAUGCAACAAAGCACUAGUUGAAAACUACUCAGGAAGAAAAAUUAGGGGAGUGUCGGCCUUGUGGUUGGAGCAUAGAGCUUGGAAUCCUGAGGUUGUGAGUUUGAAACCCACUCCCAAACUCUGGGUCUCUGAACAAGACCCAUAACUCCCGUUUGCUCCCAGGGCGCCCCAAAAGGGUGGCCCACUGCUCCCUAAGGUGAUAGGUUAAAUGCUGAGGGUUCAUUUUGUUGCUUUGUACUUGUUACAGUGUAAUGACAAUAAAAUGCUGGGAAAAAAAAGAAAUCAGUUUAUUUUCAGGACAGUUACAGUGAAAUGUGGACUAUCACAGUGCAUAGAGCAAUAUGUAGCUAUAACUGCAGUCUUAACAUUUUAUUGAUAGUGUCGUCAAUCCUGUUAUGUUUAGCAUCAUAGUAGAAUGGUUUUUAUUGGACUGCUUUUUAUUGGACAGUUGCUUGCUUAUUUAGAGUUGUCUUAUGGACGUGUAGCUGCUUGUUGGGGAAAAAAUAAAAACAACUCAAAGCUCUCCUUUGCAGAUAGCAAAAGGGAGCUUGAUUUUGAAGUGGUUGGGCAGUUUAAUUGGAUUUACACUUUAGUGUGCAAGAACUUUAGUCCUUAGGAUACUGAACGUUGUUCACAAUGAUACUGGAAAACGGACAUAGAACGAAAAAGAUCUUAGUGCUUUACCUGAAAGGAAGCUGUUGGUAGUUUUUCUACCGCUCCUGUGGCAUAUUCAUUCCGCAAAUAGUAAAUGGCUUUCCUAGUGGUGAGGGUUCUAUGCAAUAAACACUUUACAACAA